AUGGCCCUGGGGCUCUUCCGGGUGUGCCUAGUGGUGGUGACGGCCAUCAUCAACCACCCGCUGCUGUUCCCGCGAGAGAACGCCACGGUCCCCGAGAACGAGGAGGAGAUCAUCCGCCAGAUGCAGGCGCACCAGGAGAAGCUGCAGCUGGAACAGCUGCGCCUGGAGGAGGAGAUGGCGCGGCUGGCGGCCGACAAGGAGGCCGAGAAGGAGGCGCUGGAGCGGGUGGCGGAGGAGGGCCAGCAGCAGAAUGAGAACCGCACUGCCUGGGACCUGUGGAGCACUCUCUGCAUGAUCCUCUUCCUGGUGAUCGAGGUGUGGCGGCAAGACCACCAGGACGCGCCCUCGCCCGAGUGCCUGGGCUCGGACGAGGACGAGCUGCCCGACCUGCAGGGCGCCGCGCUCCGGGGCCUCACCCUGCCCAACAGGGCCACGCUCGACCACUUCUACGAGCGCUGCAUCCGGGGGGCCACGGCUGACGCCGCCCGCACCCGGGAGUUUGUGGAAGGCUUCGUGGAUGACUUGCUGGAAGCCCUGAGGAGCCUGUGCAGCCGGGACUCGGACAUGGAGGUGGAGGACUUCAUCGGCGUGGACAGCAUGUACGAGAACUGGCAGGUGAACAAGCCUCUGCUGUGCGACCUCUUCGUGCCCUUCAUGCCCCCGGAGCCCUACCACUUCCACCCAGAGCUCUGGUGCUCCAGCCGCUCCGUGCCCUUGGAUCGCCAGGGCUACGGCCAGAUCAAGGUGGUCCGGGCCGACGAGGACACGCUGGGCUGUAUCUGCGGCAAGACCAAGCUUGGAGAAGACAUGCUGUGUCUCCUCCAUGGCAGAGACAAUGUGGUGCGCCGCGCCAGCAAGGCCGCAGACCUGCUGUGUGCCCCCGACUCCCCAUACCUGGACACCAUGCGCGUCAUGAAGUGGUUCCAGACCGCCCUCACCAGAGCCUGGCACCGCAUCGCCCACAAGUACGAGUUCGACCUGGCCUUUGGCCAGCUGGAUACCCCGGGGUCCCUCAAGAUCAGGUUCCGCUCAGGGAAGUUCAUGCCCUUCAAUCUCAUUCCCGUGAUCCAGUGUGACGACUCUGACCUGUACUUCGUCUCCCACCUUGCCCGGGAGCCCGGCGAGGGGACCCAGGCACCCAGCACCGAUUGGCUCCUGUCCUUCGCUGUCUAUGAGCGCCACUUCCUCAGGGUAACUUCGAAGGCGCUGCCCGACGGCGCCUGCCACCUCAGCUGCUUGCAGAUCGCCUCCUUCCUGCUCUCAAAGCAGAGCCGCCUGACCGGUCCCAGCGGGUUGGGCAACUACCACCUGAAGACCGCCCUCCUGCACCUCUUGCUCGCCCGGCGGCCCGCCGAUUGGAAGGCCGAGCAGCUGGACACUCGUCUCCACGAGCUGCUCUGCUUCCUGGAGAAGAGCCUGCUGGAGAAGAAGCUCCAGCACUUUUUCAUCGGCAACCGCAAGGUGCCAGAGGCCAUGGGGCUCCCUGAGGCCGUGCGCAGGGCAGAGCCUCUCAACCUCUUCCGGCCCUUUGUCCUACAGCGAAGUCUCUACCGGAAGACAGUGGACUCCUUCUAUGAGAUGCUCAAGAAUGCCCCAGCACUCAUUAGCGAGUACUCCCUCCAUAUCGCCUCAGACCAUGCCAGCCUGCCCCCCAAAACUGUCAUCUUGUAG